AUGGACGUCAUUGAAAAGUUGUUAGACUGUGGAUUUAUAGUUACCGCCAUGAUUUGUGAUCAGGGUAAAAAUAAUGUUGCUGCUCUUGUCAAAGACCUUAAAAUGACGAAAGACAAACCGUUUGUUGAGGUAAAGGGUCGAAAGAUUUUUUCUAUUUUCGACGUACCUCAUAUUUUUAAAAAUGUAAGAAACAACUUUAAAUCGAACAAUUUUAUUUACAAAGGAAAAGAAGCGUCAUUUAAAGACCUUAGAGACGUGUAUGAAAUAGAUAAAAAUAGUGGAACAAGUAGAUCCCUUUUAAAAAUUACGGAUAGCCAUAUGAACCCCGGCCCGUUUCAGUUAAUGUCAUGUAAAUUGGCAAUGCAGCUCUUCAGCAAUUCGAUGGCCGCUGCAAUGGAAACUUGCAUUAUGACCAAACAACUGAAAUCUAAUACUGCUGUAAAUACUCUUGAUAUGGUUAAAGAGUUAAAUAAUUUAUUAGACGUUUUGAAUAGUAAAUCACUGUUUGACAAAAAUCCAUUCAAAUGUGCAAUAUCCCAAGAGCGUCCACAACAAUUGGAGUUUUUACUUAAAACAAAAUCUUGGCUCGAAAAUUUAAAAAAAAGUAAAAUCCAAACAUAG